GACAGGUCGCACGUCUUUGUUAUUAUCAAUUUAUCAAAACUUUAUUAAAUAUUUAAUUGUGAGAAGUUAUUGAUAACUUCUGCGUGGGCUGUUUUUAAUAUGAUUGAUAACCUUAAGUUGAAAUGGCGGCAAUAUUUGGCAGCUUCCUUGGCAAGCUACGGCAGCCUCUGCACAGGGAUGUCGAUGGGCUGGACGUCGCCCGUGCUGCCUCAGCUGCGCGGACCCAACUCGCCUCUGGCGACGCCACCCACGCUGCAAGAGGAGUCCUGGAUCGGAUCGCUGCUGGUGCUCGGAGGACUCUUCGGCCCCGUGAUCACAGUCCUGCUGUCCAAGCACAUCGGGCGCCGCUGGCUGAUCAUGGGCUCGAACGUGCCGCUGCUGCUGGGCUGGCUGCUGGCCGGAGUGGCCUCCGAGCUGGCCACGCUGUACGCGGCGCGCCUGCUCUGGGGCUGCGCCACGGGCAUGCAGUUCGCGACCAUUCCCAUCUACAUAGGGGAGAUCGCUGAGGACAAGAUCCGCGGCUCCCUCAGCGCGCUAUUCCUGCUCUUCAUCAACGUGGGCUUCUUGCUGGCUUACGCCAUUGGGCCCUUCACCUCGUACUGGGGCCUGACUGCGGCGGGAGGGAUCCUGUCGCUGUUCUAUGUCCCUUUCACCUAUUUCAUCCCGGAGUCUCCGUUCUUCCUCGUUCUUAAUGGUCGUUCAGAAGAAGCAUCAGAAGUGCUUCAGAAACUACGCGGCACUUCAAAAGAGGCCGUACUCCCGGAACUUGAAGGUCUUCAAGCAGUCGUAGCCAGGGAGUUCAAGGAAGAGCCCAGGAUUAAGGACCUGUGGGCUACCAGAGGAAACGUCAAAGCUUUGGGUAUCUGCGUGUUCCUGGCCAUGCUUCUCCAGCUGUCUGGCAUUGACGUGCUGCUGUUCUACAUGGAAGAAUUGCUUGUGAAGGUCGGCGCCUCCAUCACUCCUUCUGAUGGCACCAUCAUCAUGGGAGUGGUUCAGGUUGUGACAAGUUGUAUAACUCCACUGGUGGUUGACCGGCUCGGAAGAAAACUGCUCAUGUGGACCACGUCUCUUGGACUCACAAUAUUUCUAACCCUCAUCGGAGUGUACGCGUUACUGGACUCGUACUACAAAGUGGAUAUGACGUCAGUCGCGUUCCUCCCGCUGCUCUGCCUCAUCGUCUACAUGAUCCUCUUCACACUGGGCGUGGGUCCAGUGCCAUGGAUCUUAGUGGCGGAAAUGUUCCCCGUGAAGACCAAGUGCUUAGCCAGCGGCAUCUGCUCCUUCAUGUGCUGGCUCGCCGGGUUCAUAUGGACGAGGUUUUUCCGCGACGUAGCGGCGUCUUACGGAAUCUACACAGCGUUCUGGAUCCUGGCAGUGUGCUGCGGAAUCGGCUUCGUGUUCAGCGCCACUCUGCUGCCCGAGACGAAAGGCAAGACCUUCGACGAGAUACAGGACAUGCUCAACAACAGGGAAAGCAAACAAGAGGUGAAACCAGUAGACGUUUAGACUUAGCUGAUAUAUUUACUCGUUAAUGUUAGACUCUAGUUACUAAUGUAAAUAAACGUUAAAUAUAG